AUGAGUCAUCACGAUUCGCAUCACUCCUCUUCAUCGUCUUCUCAUCAUCACGGUAGUGGUCACCAACAAAAUAGAGGGGACAGAUCUCCUUCUCAUCAUGGAGGGGGUAGUGGUAGUGGUGGUCAUUCUGAUAGAAGAUAUAAUGAUAAUAACAAUCAUGAUAGAAGGCUUUCAUCAAGAGAUUAUGAUAGGAGGAGAGAUUCAUAUGAUAAUAGUAGGAACAACGAAAGAAGAUUAACGGAUUCUAGAGGACAUGAACAACACUCCAGGAAUGAUAAUAGUAGAUAUGAUAGGAGACUUUCCGAUUCUUAUAGAGGUAAUAAUAGAGAGGAUGGUGAUGAUUAUCAGGAUAAUUAUAAACGAUCUUAUAACAAUAAUAGUAAUAAUAAUAAUAAUUAUCAGAGAAAUAAUGAUAAAAGAUAUUAUCAACGAGACAAUAGGGAUGGAAGGGAUAAUAGAGACGGGAGAGAUAACAGAGACAAUUAUAAUAGACGUGAUAGUGGUGGUAGGGAUAAUAGAGAAAAUAACAAUUAUCAUGGAAAACGAAGUUAUAAAGAUUAUGAGGAUUACCACCAAUCUGAUCGAUACAAUAAUAAUAGAGGAUCAUCAAGAAAUUAUCCAGAAAAAAGUCCAUCCUAUCCACAAGUUCCUCCAGAAGAUCCAGAACCAAAAAUCGGAACACUCUCUGAAGCUUUUACACAUUUAACAAAAACUAUCAAUGAUUAUACUAAUAUUAGAAAAUUAGGAGAAGGAACAUAUGGAGAGGUGUAUCAAGCCAGAUUGGGAGAUAAACCUGGCUUUGUCGCUGCAAAGAAGAUGAGGAGUGACUUGAGCAAGGAAAAACAAGCAGGUUUUCCAAUAACUACUAUUCGAGAAAUUAAAAUUUUGAGAGAAUUGAAUCAUGAGAAUAUUGUCAAACUCUUGGAUAUUUCUUGGGACGACAAGUCAUUCUUUAUGAUUUUUGAGUUUGUUGAUCAUGAUUUGGCUGGAUUAUCCGAAAUGGGAAUUAAAUUCUCUGAAUCUCAUUUAAGAUUUUUCAUGUAUCAAUUGAUUGAUGCCUUGUACUAUUGCCAUUCUAGUAAUGUUUAUCACAGAGAUUUGAAAACAUCAAAUAUUCUAAUUAGAAGAGAUGGUGUUUUAAAACUUGCAGAUUUUGGACUUUCUCUCUUUAAAAAGAGAACAAAUAAUAAUUACACUAACAAGGUUGUUACAAGAUGGUAUCGUGCUCCUGAUGUACUCAUGGGAUCAACAAGUUAUGGGGCAUCUAUUGAUAUGUGGUCUGUUGGAUGUAUUUUUGGAGAAUUAUUACUCAGAGAACGAGCAUUAUUCAUGGGAGAAAAUGAAACUGAUCAAUUAGUACAAAUAUUUAACUGUUGUGGUACACCAGACUUGGAAGAUUGGCCAGAAGUUGUGGAAUUGGAUGCAUGGACAACAGUUAAGCCAACAGAACCAAUUCCCAAUACUUUGAGAAAACGUUUUAAGGAUGUUAAUUGUUCAGAAAAGGCCUUGGAUCUAUUGGAACGACUUCUCACCCUCAAUCCAAACAAGAGAAUAACUGCUAAAGAAGCUCUGAAUCAUGAAUGGUUUUUCGAAGAUGGUCAUCCACUCAGCCACAAUCCAAGAUCAAUACUACCACGAGAAACAACAAAUGAACUUACUGCUAGAAAUGCAAGACCAGCAAACUAUCAAAGAUCAUCUGGUGCUGCAGAAUCUAGAAGAUAUGAAAGAAGUGAUCAACCACCUCACAAGAAGCAAAGGUAAAAUAUGAUUAAAUUUAUUCCUACUUGAGAGAAGAAUGUUUACUUGAGUAUUCUUUGUAUUUGGCUAAUUGUUCCAACAUUUCUUCCAAGAAGCCUUUUUUUGAGUGAGGGAAUCUAAAAUAACAAGCCUUAGUUGCUUUCGUUUUUUUAAAGAAAAAAACAAUAACAAGCAAAAGUAACUUUGUGAUUAUUAUUACCACUCUCUAAUAACAUAAAGGUGAUUACAACUGUUCAAUAAGAAAUUGAGCCUUAU